AACACUGAAUCGAAACUCGAAAACUACUCUGUUUUCCUCACAGAGAGGAAUCAGUCGAUCACCUAGCACGUACUUUAAUCAUAACGAAACAGCUACAUUAGUUAUAACUGUGUUUUAUGUUAAUAUAUUGUGAUCAGAGAAGAUUUGAGGAUUAGAAUCUGCAGAAGCGUAGGAUAUGUGAGUAUCUCUUGUUUUCGAAAUGUCAUGUCAAUGUAAAUAUCAUAUAUAAUUCUUUUUAAAUACUGUUAGUUUAGAUCUGUACUAUAUUGGUAUCAGUGCAAUAUUAAUUAGAAAUAUGUCACACAUCUUAAAUCUCUGUUAUGUGCAAACAACCAUAAGAAUAAGGAGUGCAUGCGGUUUUUUGUUUUUUUUUAUAUUUCUUUCCAUACCCAUUUGUUGUUCCUCUUUUUACAUUCUGUAUGAUUUAUUAUAGUUUACAGACAAUGUGUGUCUGUAAAUAUUGCAAACAGCAUGCAUUGUGAAUCCACAUCAUUUUUGUAAUGCUUAAUUGAAUAAUUUAUGAUUUUACAUGUUAAGUGAACUUUUUACUUACAAUCAUUCCUAAUCUAUAGUCCUUUUUUAUUUUACAUAUCAACAGAAACAGCAUUAAAGGACCACUCUAGGCACCCAGACCACUUAAGCUUAAUGAAGUGGUCUGGGUGCCAGGUCCAGCUAGGGUUAACCCAUUUUUUUUUUUUAGAAACAUAGCAGUUUCAGAGAAGUGGUAAAAGUGGUAAGCCAUAAAUAUACAGUUUAAGCACAUUAUUUGUUUGGAUAUUAUUCAUACAAUUUACUUGCCUAUUACAGAUAUUAACAAAUGCAAAGAUUUAUUCACCGUGAGUUGGAAAGUAGAGGAGUUGACAAAUUUCUUUAGAUCCAGUUUUUUUUUUUUUAAUUGAUUUUUCUACUCUAUUGAAAUGUGCAGCUCACUGUUUAGUGAAUAAGACUCUUGGGCUUGUAUUUUCAGAUACAAAAGAGUGAACUAAAGUAUUCUUAUCUCAUAAAUCUUGGAGUCAUUAAUUUUGUUAACUUAUUUAGUUUAUAGUUUGGCAUAACUGCUAGAACAUUUGAAACCAGGCAUAUUAAUGGAGCACAUUACAAAAUAACAUGCUUUUUUGGGGGAGAAAAAUGUAGUAAUAUGGAUCACGUUUUGCCAAGGCAUUUUGUAUGCUUUAAAAUCUAGGUCCAUAUGCUGUAUUUUUACUUAUUUUAUCAUAUUUUACAACAGUAUUUGACCCCAUAGUGUUAAAAACACUAUUCAGCCCCCUUCUUCAGUCUUCUACUGUAUCUCAAUCAGAUAUAGUAUAAAUACGGAUAGAUUAAGAUUACUGGAAAGUGGUGCUACAAUCACCUUCGUGGGCCACAAACCGCAAAUACAAUAAGUGAAAAUAAAAACAAACAAAGUGGUGAGAUCACUCUACAUGAAUAUAAAACAAUACCCAAAUGGCAGUCAAAUAGUCUGAAAAAAAUCAGAAAAAAGAGACAUAGGGUAAUAACGUCACAGUGUAAUAAAUAACCACCAAAUACUGUUCUCACUCACAUAAGUGAAGAAGUUGGCUCAAACUUGUGCCUUAAACAAAUAAGGAAACAGGACUUCUGGCAGGAACUCCACUCUGCUAUAUCUGGUACCUCCAAAUUCAUCCAGGACGCAGGAUGUAGGGGGUUACAAAUACUUUAUUGCUUAUAACAAAUAAAAUAAACAAAAAAAUAAAUAACAGGCAGAAUGUCCAAACCAAAUAAGUAGUCCAAUCUCAACGCCUUUCGGCUUAUAGCCUUCCUCAGGAGUGUUCUAUAUCUUCAAGGUGUUUCUCUUUUAUAUCCUCUUCCAUUUCGCUCUUCCGGUUCCGGCGUCGGCGUCAUGACGUCAACCCGCGUCCUUACGUCCCGACAUAUACACUUCCGGUUCCUGUAUACGUCACUGGAUGGACCAUCGGGGCGUCUAGGGAUGACGCACAGCGUCCUUAUCCAUGGUUAAAAGUCCACCAUAACUAUUAAGGGCAUAGUCUCUAUUGAUACCAAAUGUAUACAUAUAUCAUUCAGCAUUUAGAAAGUCUGAACGGCUUAAAACAUAAAUAUAAAAUGCAAUAAUUAACAAUCAACAUAUUCAAAAUACAAAUCCAUAAAAGUUAAGACACAAGAGAAUGUAAUACUAAAAUCACAAAAUGAAUAAAAUAUAUAAAAACAAUAUAUACUAAGGAGGUCUCCAUACUUAAAAAUAUUAUAAAAAACUUAGUUAACCCUAAAAUUAGCUUUAUCAUACCCUUUUUCUAUAAACUUAUAUUUUAAAAUUUCUUUUUUUUUCUCCUCUAUAUAUACAAUUAAGUCUAAAAAAUUAAUUUGUUUAGAACUAAUUUCAUAAGAAAGUUUAAUAUUAAAAACGUUUUUAAUAUUAAACUUUCUUAUGAAAUUAGUUCUAAACAAAUGAAUUUUUUAGACUUAAUUGUAUAUAUAGAGGAGAAAUAAAUUAAGAGUAAGACGUUUUUUAAGAAAGUCGAUGUUAAUAGUUUUAUUGAUUUAAAAAGUUGUCAUUUUAAACCCUGGCUUAAUAAUAUACCUAAAGGCCAGUUUUUAAGAUUAAAACGGAAUUGCACCGAGGAGGUGGAAUAUCAGAAUCAAACAGAAAUUUUAAAAUAUAAGUUUAUAGAAAAAGGGUACGAUAAAGUUAAUCUGGAAGAAGUGAAAAAGGAAAUUGGAGAUAAUGAUAGAUUAUCAUUACUUAAGUAUAAGAAUAAAAAUUUAAGGGAAGAUGACGCUAAAAUUCCCCUAAUUUUUGAUUUUAGUUCUAAUAAUUAUGAGCUGCGGAAGUUAAUCACUAAACAUUGGCAUAUAUUGCACGAAGAUACAGAAAUUGUUCCAUUUUUAAAUCCUAAACCAAAAUUUGUUUUUAGAGGAGCCAGAAAUUUUAAACAGAUCUUAACUAAAAGUUUUUUAGAUAAAAGUGAUGAUUUUUUUAAUAAACAGUUUUUACAAGGAAGUAAAGGGUUUAAUUAUUGUGGCAACUGUAGAGGAUGUAAAUUUAGAUCUAAUACUAACCGGAAAAUAGAUAAAUUUACCUCUUUUGUCAUCAAAAAAGAAUACCCAAUACGUUCUUUUAUUACAUGCACAACUAAAGACGUUAUCUAUAUGCUGUAUUGCCAGUAUGGUUACCAAUAUGUAGGUAAGACCUCACGCCCCCUCAAAUCAAGAAUUAGGGAACAUAUCUACAAUAUCCAAAGAAAAUUUAUAAAUCAUAGUGUUUCUAAACACUAUUUAGAGGUCCAUAAUGGAGACCCUAAAGGGAUUAAUUUUAUAGGUAUUGAUAAAACUAAUAUUCAUUGGAGAGAGGGGGAUAAAGAACGCACUUUAGGGUUAACUGAGAUGAAAUGGAUGUUCGAAUUAGAAACAUUAGCUCCACAGGGAUUAAACGUCGACUUCGAUAUUAAUUCAUAUAUUUAACCUAUUUUACCCUUUUCUUCCCCCUUUUUUUUUUCUUAAUAUGACCCUUCAUAUCAAAUACUUUAACUAAGUUUUUUAUAAUAUUUUUAAGUAUGGAGACCUCCUUAGUAGAUAUUGUUUUUAUAUAUUUUAUUCAUUUUGUGAUUUUAGUAUUACAUUCUCUUGUGUCUUAACUUUUAUGGAUUUGUAUUUUGAAUAUGUUGAUUGUUAAUUAUUGUAUUUUAUAUUUAUGUUUUAAGCCGUCCAGACUUUCUAAAUGCUGAAUGAUAUAUGUAUAAAUUUGGUAUCAAUAGAGACUAUGCCCUUAAUAGUUAUGGCGGACUUUUAACCAUGGAUAAGGAUGCCGUGCGUCAUCCCUAGACGCCCCGACGGUCCUUCCGGUGACGUAUACAGGAACCGGAAGUGUAUACGUCGGGACGUAAGGACGUGGGUUGACGUCAUGACACCGACGCCGGAACCGGAAGAGCGCCGCAAAAAGUGCGCGAAAUGGAAGAGGAUAUAAAAGAGAAACACCUUGAAGAUAUAGAACACUCCUGAGUAGGCUAUAAGCCGAAAGGCGUUGAGAUUGGACUACUUAUUUGGUUUGGACAUUCUGCCUGUUAUUUAUUUUUUUGUUUAUUUUAUUUGUUAUAAGCAAUAAAGUAUUUGUAACCCCCUACAUCCUGCGUCCUGGAUGAAUUUGGAGGUACCAGAUAUAGCAGAGUGGAGUUCCUGCCAGAAGUCCUGUUUCCUUAUUUGUUUAAGGCACCAAGUUUGAGCCAACUUCUAAGUGGCUCCACUUAUGUGAGUGAGACCAGUAUUUGGUGGUUAUUUAUUACACUGUGACGUUAUUACCCUAUGUCUCUUUUUUUCUGAUUUUUUUCAGACUGUUUUAUAUUCAUGUAGAGUGCUCUCACCACUUUGUUUGUUUUUAAUCUCAAUCAGAUACUUAAUGCGGCUCUGUCACCAUCUAAGGUAUUUGUGUAAUUUGCAAAGACCUCCGACAGAGACAUCGCUGCUGAGGGUACUGUGACCAUGGGGGCCAGGGAAUGGUGUCCCUUGCGGGCAUCUGCUCUUUUUCAGCUUCUUGCGCUUCAUCUACCAGGAUUAACGCCAGUGUUGUAUUUUAACACGUGAGCAAGAGUACAGCAUUGGGAUCUGUGGAGGAAUCUACUCCGCCUUUAUGUAAAGUUUGUAAAGUGGAGGAAAAAUACUAAGAUAAAGUAGUCCAUGCUUUGUCUCAGUAUAUCUUUUUACUGGGUUGGAAUUUCAGUGAAAUGUUUACUCUUCCCCUCUUUUUCAUAAAAACGAAUUUAUGAGGUGUGCAAAAUAGAAUUAAAUGUAGAAAUCAACACUACUAUAUUCUGUAAUUGGGCACAUUUAUCUUAGCUCAGUGUCAAUCAUUGUUAUAAGCUCUGUCCUUUGCACCUGGCAGUCAUCAACAUGAAAUUAUACAGAGUAGCAAAUUAAAGAAACACUCCUUUUGUAAUGAUUGCACUGCCUUGUCUGUAUUGUGAAGUCAUUUGCUAAUCUUUGAAGGAACACUCCCAUACAUAUAAGAAUGUCAGCUGAUUGAAGUUGUUAUGUGGCAGGAGUGUCCAGACACCAUCUACCUUCAGGGUUUAGUUGAGCUGUUCUCCAGUAGUGUAACCCCAAAUAGCACUUCCCCCUUCCUCCAUAACAUUUUUUUGUAGGGGAGCUGGUUAUAGGCUGAGUGCUUUCAAUGAUUCUCUCAGUCUAUCUCCAGUCAUCCAUUUAAAGAGUUAUUGCAUACUAAUCCCAUCACCAGCUGCCUGGUCAUACUGAGGUGACCAGGAUGAGGGAAGUCAGGGGUCAACAAUGUAAGGCACCAGAGGAACAGUAUCAGGGUUAAACUGUUAGAAAAUUGUUUAAUCUCUAAAAGUAAGAUGGCACGUGGAUACUCCUUUCCCCUUAGCAACUUUAGUGAGCUGGCAUUGUUAUGGGGUGGAAGUGCUUUAAUAUAAACUUAAAAUAAAAGAUGAGUAAAAAAGUAAUAUAUGGAAAAAAUAAAUAAUAAGGAUAAAAACACUUAAAGUUCAUCCGAAUAAAUAAGAAUAUAAAUUAAAACAGUCUCACUGAUGUGCAGUAAUAUAAUAUAAGUCCUCAAGUGUCGCUCCGUCCUUAUGGUAGGUAGUCCAUAUAUGUGAAGACAAAAAUAAGAGAAAAAAGCUUCCAAUGGUGAAAUAUUGUAUGUCCAAAAUAUGGUAUAUAUUCAAAUGAAAAGUAUUUCACUCACGUGUGGUGGAGCUCUAACCAGCUCUAGGAGAAGAGGCACUUAGUUGUGCCUCUUCUCCUAGAGCUCCAACACACGUGAGUGAAAUACUUUUCAUUUGAAUAUAUACCAUAUUUUGGACAUACAAUAUUUCACCAUUGGAAGCUUUUUUCUCUUAUUUUUGUCUUCACAUAUAUGGACUACCUACCAUAAGGACGGAGCGACACUUGAGGACUUAUAUUAUAUUACUGCACAUCAGUGAGACUGUUUUAAUUUAUAUUCUUAUUUAUUCGGAUGAACUUUAAGUGUUUUUAUCCUUAUUAUUUAUUUUUUCCAUAUAUUACUUUUUUACUCAUCUUUGUCAAAGCGCAGCCCUUAACUCCUCUUUUUGUACCUUCUUGUUUCUAAAAGGAUUUCGCGAGGGAUUCCCUUUUUAGGGUUGCUGCUCAAUUGAGUUAGCGCAGACUCUUCCCCUCUUGUAUUCUUAAAAUAAAAGAUGCAUCUCAUGAAAAAAGGGUUAAAGGAACACUAGUAGCGUUAGGAAUAAAAACAUGCACUUCUAACGCUAUAGUGUUACCCUACCUGAUUUAAUUAUUGGUCCCCCAGAAUGUAAAAAAAAUAAUUUUCCCUACUCCCCCCCAAUGCACCAGUCUCACUGAGGCUGCCCUGCCUCCGGGCUGUGAUCAUCAGUCUUGAUGAUCUCAACCAAUCUAAUGCUUACCCAUACAGCGAUAUUUUGAGGCAAGACGGCACACUGCCAGAAGAAGAGAACACAGUCCAAUCUAAUGACCAACUCAACAUAACUGUCUCAGUCAGUGUUCAAAGUUCAGUUAUAUUCUUGCAAACAGUUAAAAAUAAUAAUAAAGAGCUCAGCUUUACACAGGUCUAAAACUAAACACGCUGUCCAACAAUUCAGCAUCAGGAAGGUAGCGCUACCCUAACCCUAAGCAACUGACUGAAUGUUUCUGAUACUCUACACUGCAUACUUUUAGUACCUUCCUUCAGUUUAAUUUUAAAAAAAACUUGGAAAAUCUCUAGUUGACAAGAUUAACAGGCCUCCCAACAAUCCUGGUUUUGGCUGGACAGUCCUGAUUUUGGGGUCCAAAACACUCACUCAAUCUCAAUCUGUCCAAACGAUAUUCGUUCGUUGAACCAUUUAGUAAUUCUGACAUUCACAGAAUAGUGAUUUUAUUUCUUUUUCAGACUAAAUGACAAAAGACCAUACUUGUCUGUUAUUUUGCGAUUCUUCUGAAACCGAUGGCACAUCUAGUAAUUCAUAUUAUUGGUCCUAUUAUUAAAACAAUGAUUAAACCAAAUAUAAGUCUUGCAUAACAAAAAUAAUUUUGUAAAGGCAGUUGGUCCUAUUUCCUGUCCCUUUCUCAGUGGUGGGGGUAUUUGACCUAAAAUGAGAAUAUUUAUUAAAGGGACACUAUUGUCACUAGAACUACAGCUUAAUGUAGUUGUUUUGGUGUCUAUACCAUGUCCCUGCAGGUAUUUUGUUGUAAACCAGGGCUGUCCAACCUGCCGCCCCCCCAGAUGUUGCUGAACUACAACUCCCAUGAUUCCCUGGCUAUCUGUUUCAUUGAAAGAAUCAUGGGAGUUGUAGUCCAGCAACAUCUGGGGGGCCGCAGGUUGGAAAGCCCUGUUGUAAACACUGCCUUUUUAUGGAAAAGGCAGUGUUUACAUUGCAGCCUAUGAACACCUCUAGUGGCCACUCCUCAGUUGACCACUAGAGGUGCUUCCUGGGUCUGGAAGACCUUCAGCGUCUCCAUGCCUUAUAGUCUUUCUUUAACUUAUAAAGAUGCUAGCACUUACGUCAGCACAAUUUAUAGCUUAAAUGUAUAUCUAAGUGGAGGUAAACUUACAAUCCACAAAUUCUGUGGCUGGAAAGCUUACAUUAACACUUUAACAAUGUUACGGCAUUCCAUGCUGUCCCAGAGCAUGAGGACGUCCAACGUCAGAUACCGGACAAAAAGUCAGUUUCAAACCAGGAAUCUGGUAGACAGCCACUAGAGGCUGACUUAGUGCAGCAAUGUAAACAUUGCAGUUUCUCUGGAACUGCAAUGUUCAACAUUGCAGCACUAAUGGCAAUAGGGACAUUGCACCCAGACCACUUCAAUGGGCUGAAGUGGUCUGGUUGCCUACAGUGGCCCUUUAAAGGGACACUAUAGUCACCAAAACAUAUUCUAGCUUAAUUAAGCAGUUUUGGUGUAGAUCAUGUCUCUAAAGUCACAGUACUCUGCCAUUUAGGAAUUAAAUCACUUUUGUUUCUGUCCAUACAGCCCUAGCUACUCCUCCCCUGGCUGUGAUUCACACAGCCUGCAUAAACAAAUGGUUUCAUUUGCAAUCAGAUGUUUACUUAACUUAGAUGUUUUUACCACUUGCUUUGUAUAAUUUAACUUUAAUCACACACAGGAGGCUCCAGCAAAGUCUUGCAAGCUCUCAACAUUACACUUUACAGAAAGUGUUUAUGAAGGAUGUACACAUUGCAUGCAAGGGGGUGUGACUAAGGCUGCAUAAUUAAAGUGAUUUAACUCCUAAAUGACAGAAUUGAGCAGUGAGACUGCAAGGAGAUGUUCUAUACACCAAAACUGCUUCAUUAAGCUAAAGUUGGUUUGGUGACUAUAGUGUCCCUUUAAAGCAGCACUGUUACCAUCUUGGCACUUUGCAUAAUAUGCAAAGACCCCCGACAAUGACAUCGUCCCUGAGAGUUCAAUGGCCAGGGAGGAGCAGGCAAAGGUGAGUUUUACUUACCUUAUUUAUCUGUUGCGGGCACUGCCAUCAUUAUCUGGUUGGCCUUUUUGCACAGUAGUACAGCAGAGAGUUCUUGCGGGAUCCUCCAGCAAUACAGACAAUUUCCGUCACUGGUGGCAGCUAGGGGAUUUACACACCAAGAAGGGUCAGGUGUAAAAAUAUACUGAGACUAAGUAGUCCCUGCUUUGUCUCAGUUAAUCUUUUGACUGGAUUGGAAUUUCAAUGACUUUCCAAAACAAUCAAUAUAAGUAUUCUAUCUUUAUGAAAUACUCAUUUUGCAGGGAAGGGGUAGGUGCAGUGCUGCGUUAAGUCUGAAAUAUGUUUUCUGUAGAUCACAAAUCUCAGUUAGAAAACAGUAUCCUAAACAGCACUGCAUGUACACCCCUCACAUUUUUGUAAAUAUUUUAUUAUAUAUUUUCAUGUGACAACACUGAAGAAAUGACACUUUGCUACAAUGUAAAGUAGUAAGUGUACAGCCUGUAUAGUAGUGUAAAUUUGCUGUCACCUCAAAAUAACUCAACACACAGCCAUUAAUGUCUAAACCAUUGGCAACAAAAGUGAGUACACCCCUAAGUGGAAAUGUCAUUUUCCCUCCCCAGUGUCAUGUGACUUGUUAGUGUUACAAGAUUUCAAGUGUGAAUGGGGAGCAGGUGUGUUAAAUUUGGUGUUAUCGCUCUCACAUUAUCUCGUACUGGUCACUGGAAUUUCAACAUGACAAAGAACUCUGAGGAUCUGAAAAAAAAAUAGUUGCUCUACAUAAAGAUGGCCUAGGCUGUAAGAAGAUUGCCAAGACCCUGAAACUGAGCUGCAUCACCGUGGUGAGCAAGACCAUACAGAGGUCUCACAGGACAGGUUCCACUCAGAACAGGCUUCACCAUGGUCCACCAAAGAAGUUGAGUGCACGUGCUCAGCGUCAUAUCCAGAGAUUGUCUUUGGGAAAUGGACAUAUAAGUGCUGCCAGCAUUGCUGCAGAGGUUGAAGGGGUGGGUCAGCCUGUCAGUGCUCAGACAAUACGCCGCAUACUGCAUCAAAUUGAUCUUCAUGGCUGAUGCAUGGCCAGAAGGAAGCCUCUUCUAAAGAUAACGCACAAGAAAGCCUGCAAACAGUUUGAUGAAGACAGCAGACUAAGGACAUGGAUUACUGGAACCAUGUCCUGUGGUUUCAAUGAGACCAAAAUAAACUUAUUUGGGUCAGUUAGUGUCAAGCGUGUGUGACGGCAACCAGGUGAGGAGUACAAAGACAAGUGUUUCUUUCCUGCAGUCAAGCAUGGUGGUGGGAGUGUCAUGGUCUGGGCCUGCAUGAGUGUUGCCGGCACUGAGGAGCUACAGUUUAUUGAGGGAACGUGAAUGCCAACAUGUAUUGUGACAUACUGAAGCAGAGCAUGAUCCCCUCCCUUCGUAGACUGGGCUGCAGGGCAGUAUUCCAACAUGAUAACAAUCCCAAAAACACGUCCAAGACAACCACUGCCUUGCUAAAGAAGAUGAAGGUAAAGGUGAUGACCUAAACCCUACUGAGCAUCUGUGGGGCAUCCUCAAACGGAAGGUGGGGGAGCGCAAGGUCUCUAAAAUCCACCAGCUCCGUGAUGUCAUCAUGGAGGAGUGGAAGAGGACUCCAGUGUCAACCUGUGAAACUCUGUGAACUCCAUGCCCAUGAGGGUUAAGGCAGUGCUGCAAAAUAAUGGUGACCACACAAAAUAUUGACACGUUGAGCUCAAUUUGGACAUUUCCAGUUAGGGGUGUACUCACUUUUGUUGCCAACGAUUUAAACAUUAGUCUUAGACCCAGAAGGACGUUACAUUAUUUUAAUAUGUGAAAUAAAUGCUAUUCACAUUAGUUAAUAUGUAUGCACCAUAUAAAUCUACAAUAAAAUUUAUCACAAAAGUGUUUAAGAAAAAAGAGCAGAUUAAACAAGGGUUGGUAUUAAUUUUCAGGGGGGGGAGGGGACUUUAAUUUCGUAGUGGACCCUCUGAAAGACAGAGCCAGAAUUACAGGGUACGCAGGAAAAUAAUUGAAAAUAGAUUGCAAAACCUACUAAAUAAUCAUAAUCUAAGAGAUAUAUGGACAACAUUUCAUCCCUCCGACCUAGAUUAUAUAUGCUAUUCUAGAACAUUCAAUUCGACCUUAUCCUGGGUAACAUGACCAUGCUAUAUCUUGUUAAAAGAAUAGAGAUACGGGAAAUAGCAUGGUCAGACCAUAGUCCAAUCAUGUUGGAAUACAAAGAUAAUUUUGAUACAUUUCGUAAAGAAUGGCUUAUAAAAGAUUUUAUAUUACACAAAAAAAAACAAUGUUGAAGAAAUUAAUCAUAUUACAAAUCUUUUCUUUUUAGAAAAUAAAAACAAAGGUACACCGGAUAUCACGGUGUGGUGUGUGGUUAUAAAAGCAUUGCUAGAGGCCAUUUGAUAAAAAUGGUAGCCACUGCAAAUAAAAAGGAUUAUCGCCUCUCUUUAAACUAUAUAUAACAUUAAGCGAAUAUACGAGGCAAAAUAAAACAACACCUUCUACACAAAUUGCAAGGAAGAUUGCAGAAACAGAAAAACAAUAUUCAGCUAAUGGAUAAAGCAACCAAACAGUUAGAAGCACUACAAUCCAAGUGGUAUCUAAAGGGUAAUAAGCCAGAAACACUAAUGUCUAAUAAAUUAAAAAAUGAGAAACAUAAAAGAGUAAUAUUUAAAAUAAAAGACAAACCUAUAUAAUGGCCUCAGAAAAAAAAUAGGUAGAGCGUUUCAGAGAUUUUAUCAAAAUCUAUAUUAUCUACCAGAAGAAAUAUAUGGCAAGGAAAAAGAGAUUGAGGAAUUCUUCAAAUACUUAUCCAUGCCAAAAAUCCAACCCGACCAUUUAAAACUGAUACACCAGCCUAUAACAGAAAUAAAGGUUAGUAAAUCCAUAGAUAAACUUAAAAUAAAUACUGCCCCAAGCCCAGAUGGCUUCAGAAAUAAUUCAUAUAAACUAAAGACCAACUAAAAGGGGAACUUACCUCCAUUUUGAACAAUAUUAUGGAAACAUGAAGAUUUCCUGGAGAGUUGUUGAGAGCGAAUAUUGUCCCCAUCCCAAAAGCAGAUAAAGACUUAGAACUAAUUGGCAAUUCUAGACCUAUAUUAUUAAUCAAUACAUAUAUUAAAAUAUUAACUAAUAUCCUUGCUGAUAGAUUAAAAAUAUUAAUAAUGACCAAGUAGGAUUCAUAGCAGGGAGGUCUUCAAUCAACAAUCUUAGAAAAAUAAUAAACAUAUUAGAAGAAACAGAGAAUAAUGGUACCCCUGUAAUGCUACUGUUAACAAAUGCAGAGAAAGCGUUUGACAGGGUUGGAUGGGGUUUCAUGUUUGCCACUUUAAAACAAUUUGGAAUCACUGGAUCAAUAUUACAAGAUAUAUCCGCUCUCUACAACUCUCCAUUAGCUAAAGUAACAGGGUCAGGAUUCACAUCACAAAACUUCAGUGUUAAAAAGGGGACUAGACAAGGGUGCUUUCCCCUUUGCUGUACAUAAUGGUGUUAAAAAACCCUUGCGAUUCUAAUAAGACAAAAUUAAAAAAAUACGAACUCCUUAGGACAACCUAAAUUAAAUAUUUACUCAAAUGACUAACAGUAGAAGAAGCAAAAACCUCAGUCCCAGAGCUUCAGAAGGAGAUAAAUACUCCAAAGUGUCAGGAUUUAAAAUGAAUAUAGAGAAAUCAAUAUUUAGAGCCAAAAAGUUGAACAAAAGUUUAAUUCAUUUUCUUGUACAAAACCUUGGGCUUUUAGAAAACAAGGACAGGCUAAAAUAUUUAGCUAUAACAUUAAUCUCAGUUUUAAAAGAUCUAGUAGAAGCCAACUUUGUACCAUUACUAACACAAAUUAAAACUUAAGGGACUGGAAAGGUAUGGGAUUUUCCUGGUCACGUAGGAUCAAUAUCCUAAAAGCAUACAUUUUACCAAAAUGACUGUAUCUAUGGAGAAUGAUCCCACUUAAUUUCCCAGAAAACUGGCUAUCUUUAUUACACUCAUCCUUCUUUACAUUUGUAUGGGGCGGCAAGAAAGCAAGAAUUAAAGUUUUGGAUAGAUCAAGGCAGGAUGGAGGUUUGGGGUGUCUGGAAAUCUUACAAUGUUAUCAAGCUAGCAGACUUUUUUUAUAUAUUGCUUUUACAAAAUAUUGCUGCAAUCCAAGAAACAUGGUAUAAAAUGGAAAAAGCUAAAAUUGGGGUAGGAAAUUUAACGUCACUAUUUUGGGUCCUAGACAAGAACAAAAAAAUCCAUCAAAGAGGCACAAACUAAAUCUCAGAUACUCAAAGAGUUAACGAGUUGGUGAAAUUCUCAAACAACAUAGGGCUCAGAAAUAGAAUAAUAGAUGUGCUCCCCUUUUCUAGUAUUUCAGAUAUGUUAGACGACAUAAAAAUAGACACUUGGAAGACUGGGGGCAUAAGGCAACUUAAAAAUAUACUGGUCUAACAUAAAAUUAAAACCUUCAAUCAACGUAUGGAGGAAUUCAAGACCCCCCCCCAGGACACUUUUAACUCUCUGCAAAUUAAUGGCUUUUUAGCAGAAUAUCUCCUUCAAAAUGAGGGGGAGAAAAUUACAAUCCUCAAACAUCUACUUGAAUUAAAGAAUUAUAAAAACCUAAUGGCAAAAUACGCUAAAGUUAUAUACAGAUGGAGACACAAUAAACCGAUAGAACUGAUUAAUAAAUGCGAAAAAGAACUAUAAGUACAUAUAGAAGAAGAAGAGCGGAUAAGCUCUCUAAAUAAACUGAAUAAAUAUGUACACUGCUUAAAUCUUAUGGAAACCCAAUUUAAACUCUCAAACAGAUGGUACCUAACACCGAAACGUUUAAAAAAAAAUCAGUCAUCAGAAUGUAAUAUUAAUGAAUGCAAUUUAAUCCACAGUUGGUGGCAGUGCAUACCCAUAAAUAAAUUCUGGAAAGAUGUAAUCAAGGUAAUAUAUCAAAUAACGGAAAUAAAAAUUGUUAUUUAAGCCAGAAGUGGGUUCUACUAAACUUGUACUGGCCAAAAAUGACCAAAUAAAAUAUUAAUGAUGAUUUUACAUAUAAUUACAGCAGCUAAACUACUUUUAGCACGAAACUGGAAAACAGGGAUAUUUCCACGCACUCAAGAAUUAAUAACACAAGUUAUAUGGCAAGCAAGAAUGGAAAGGGGUAUUCUGGUGAACUUAGGAAACAGAUAUACCCAAAUAGAAGACUGGGAUACAUGGAUAUGCAAAAUGGAAAUGAUAACCUAAUAAAUACCAUCAUGAUUACUUUCCUUCCCUCUCAAUCACGCAAUAAUUAAAUCAGGCAUAGCUAAGGUCCAGACUAAGCAAGUCGAGGGCCAGAAAAGAGGAGGGAAGGAAAAGAAAAGAAGGUAAAGAUCUCAACCCCCAAACGGACAGACAAAACAGAAUAAGAAAAAAAGAAACAUAAACUGGGCAUAAGUGUCUCUCUCUCUCCAAAAGUAAAAGGGCAAAGCAAAUUGAUAAAUAAGAAUAUACAAUAAAAUUAAACAAGGGGGGGGGACAUGGAUUCAGGUGGGGGGUUCACAGGGAGUUUAAUAAGAUAACACAAGAUAUUUAUGAUGACGGUCUGAAAUAUAGAAGUAUUAGCAAUCUAUACAAGGCAGGUACACGUCUGAAAUAUAACCAAAAAAAACUAAAACAAGUAGAAAAAAAUUAAAAUACACAAAAGACCAUUACACCAUGAGUGAGAUCCUUGACUAAGCUAAAACUGUUUGUUAUUACUACUAUCGUCUUAGUUCCUUCUUUUCCUUUCUAUGCCCACCCUUUUCUAAAUAAUACAUACAUGUUGACACCACAAAUUCGUUCUCCUAUAUUAGCAAAAGCUAUGUGUGACAGAGACUUACAUUACAUCUCUACAAUAGAUGUUUAAAGUUACAAUGAUAGACUUAUUUACAUAAAUGUUACUCUAUAUAAUAUGCUUUGUUCUUGUAUCUUACCCCUGCCUUCCCUAACCUUUUUCUUUCUAUAUCCUUCUCCCAUUUUAUGAAAAAUCAAUAAAAUUGAAAUGAGAAAAAAAUUAACAUACUAUUUAUGAGUAAGCUAAUUUGUCCUAUUACAUACUUGCUGAUGGGUGAAAACAGAGUGUACUUUAUGCAACCAACUCACACAUAUUUAUACAGGUUACAUCUGCAGGGGGUGAUUGGCAGAAUAAGUUCUCUCCACGGCACCACCAAGUCUGAGUAUGAACUGUUAAUUGAAUAAAGUGGAGAUAAUUGAAUUAAGCAUUUACUUCAUAGUAAAUGGCAAUCAAAGAUUUUUACAUUUUUUGCAACAUACAGUCCAUAGUCUGCAGAGCCCCUCCAUGAGUCCCAGAAACAGAGGCAUUCGGCACACUUACUCUGCGGGCUAUAGUGGUCAUGAAGGAACUUACAGUGCUAAAGCAUAUUACCCCUGCAGUAGGUUUCUGUAAAGGGUCUUUGGUAGUUUAGGGAUCAGUCCAACAUUGCUGUUUAAAUUGUAUUAUUAUUAUUAUUAUUUUUUUUUAAUUGCCUAUUUGGGAGGGGGGGCGGGCAGCAAAAUGCAUCUUUACCUGUGCAGCCAAAAAUCCUUUCAUCGGUCCUGGGCAGGUCUGCCCAUUUGAGCAAUGCCAGAGACACAAAUCACAUUACUGGCCACCCUCUUACCCUGUUCACUGUCAUCUUGCUUUAUAGGAUGCCAAUGUGCAAAGUUGAUAAUCCAGAGAGUACCCUAUACCUCCUUGCUUUCAAAUGCAUUAGUUUGUAAAAAUGACUGCAUCUUUAAAUAUGUCUACCAUUGCUGCUAGUCAUGCAGCUGGAAUGUUGUUUUUCUGGGGCUAAUCUAUUUCAUUUUUGUCAGAAAAUAUAUCACCAUUCAGUUCCAGAACAGAAUUUUCAUCAGGAAAAAAUCAUGAGUGAUUUUUAAGGAUUUUUAUCUGUCAUGAUGAAAGUUCUAUUCUAGAACUGAAACGCUAAUGUAUUUAUGACAAAGAUGGAAUAAAGGUUUAUUUGGGAAGACAGAGUGCCGGUAUACUUCCAUAUGUAGUGUACAUUCAGUCUGAUAUCGGACAUCAGGCAUAAUAUUGGAAAUAAGCCAAAAUAAAAGUGCAGGUUUUGUGUAUAUGUAUGCAUCUUCUGAGGUUUUCAUUACACUUCACAAACUGAUAUUGCUCUUUUGUUUUGCAGGAGAGCCAUGGAUCCAGCUCUGCAGUCGGAGAUCCUCAUUGUUGUACUGCACAAGCCUGGGGGUGUGUCUACUGAAGAAUUUGCUGGACUCUUUCACCAGAUCCAUGGAUAUCAGUUUAAGCUUUCAAAUUAUGGUUACAGUUCGUUAAAACUUCUAUUAGAGGAUAUGAGAAAUUUAGUUGAGUUAAAAACCACCCCCAAUGGGAGCCUGAUAAAGUGUAUUUCACCCAAUGAACACAAGGUCAUAUUCAUAAGUGGUAAUAAUCACCAGACAGUUUCUGAGUCUCCUAAAAGUUCCCUACCUGGGCCAGGAACAAAACCAGGUAAAAUUAUAGUAUUGUUCUAUACUUAAACAUAGAUUUGAAUCAAAUGUCUCCUUAAAAUAAAUUGCUAAGAUCAAAAUAUGGCUUCCACAUUGUUCAAUUCCACCUAUAGACUGGGAGUAGAUUGUUAGGUUAGGCUGUGUAAGUUCCUUUUUGGUUACCUGGAUAGAUGGUCAAAAAACACGGGAGACCUGAAACCACAAAUAAUUCCGUAUCCCCUUAAAACACCACUCAUCAAGCACCUCAUGACACACUCACGGUUACUUACAGACAAGCACACAGAUGCACAAACACCCAGACUGGCAAAUGCAAAUACACAGGCACUUACUCACACAUAUAGGUUGGCAGGCACGGAGAGACACAGACAGGUACAAACUGACACAUACAGGCAGACACAGACAGAAGGAAACAGACAGACACAAACAGGUUGAAAAGGCUGAUCGAGAACUUUAAGUAAAGCAAAAAAACGUCUUUGACACAGACAGGUCCCCAUGCAUGGGUAGGCAAAUAGAGACACACACAGGUAUACAUAUUUAUACAGGCACACAUGGUUAUCACUACAGUGAGAAUUCAAAGUGAAUUUCAAAUUUAAGGUAAAAAAUUCCAAAAUCAAAAAAUUCGCAAAUGCCACUAUGUUUUCGAUUUGGAUACUCUGGCCUCAACCUCAAAAUUUUCUUUUAAUUCACUUUUAAUUCUCAAUUUAAUGAAUAAAGCUGACAUACAAACAGGCAUACUUAUAUUAUAUAAAAAGGAUACUGGCUUCCUUAUUGACCUUCAUUGUGAAGGUGGGGGGCAGGAGGCAAGUCCAGUAUCUGUUUUAGGGCUGGCAGCUGCAAGACUCCUGUAGUUCUGCAAGCACUACUCUUCUUUUUCCAGAUCUCCAUGCACUUUUGCAAUGUUGUUGUGAGCUGUUGUUUCUCAGUCCCCUGAAUAAGUACAGGAAGCAGCACAAUAAUAAGGAUACGCAGCGAAUAUGAUAAAAUGUCAUAUUCCCUGUGUCUCUAUUACUGCACUGCUUUCGCUCCCGGGAUAGGGGGCACAUAGAGCAGUGCAGCCUUUUAGGGUAAACAGAUUUAAGGCUAUAGUCCACCACGCUGCCCCCAUUUGCGAUACACCUUGGUAUAGUAGCAUAAUCCUUACUGAAGGCCAUUAAAUGUUUUAUUUAUUGUUUUCAUAUAAACAUCAUAAAGAAAUGAAUCAAGCCAUGUAAAAUAUGUCAUAUGUCACUUCAUUCUGACGAUGAUACCCUUGAAUUGAAGCAAAUGUGUUUUAGCAAAAUUGCUAUCAAAUAUAAAUAUUCCUCUUACCUUUCAGUCACUUUUUAGCAUUGAUUUAUAUGCCAGUGGCAUAAAGGUAUGUGCCAACAACUCUGUGUCAGGGGGAAUGGUGAACCCUGUUAGAGGUAAUUCAACUGCUCUGUGUCUCAGUGCUACAUCCUCUAGCAAGCAGAUUCCUUGCAUGCUGAGAGUGCAUAUGAAGAAACCCUUGUUAGAAGUUUGUGUGCCAACAUCAUGGGAGAGUAUUGCAAUGUGUAUAGUGCACCAAAGAAGGGCCAACCCUCUUGAGUAAGCUAGGGAAAAAUGAAAGACCACAGUGAUUGUUACAAUAAUGGGAUGGCUGCGCUUUCACCAAUGGAUAGAAAGUGAAUAUUGAAAUAACAUCUUCUAAAGCAAUUGAAUAAAUAACUUGUCAUAAAUAGAUUAAAGGAACACUAUAGUCACCAGAACAACUACAGCUUAUUGUAUUUGUCCUGGUGAGUAGAAUCAUUCCCUUCAGGCUUUUUGACGUAAACACUUAUCUUUUCAGAGAAAAUGCAGUGUUUACAUUACAGCCUAGUGAUAACUUCACUGGCCACUCCUCAGAUAGUUGCUAGAGAUCCUUCCUGGGUCAUGGCUGCCUAAAAUGCAUCCAAACAUUCAGUAUCUCCUCCCUCUGCAUGCAGACACUGAACCUUCCUCAUAGAGAUGCAGUUAUUCAAUGCAUCUCUUUGAGUAGAUGCUGAUUGGCCUGGGCUAUGUUUGACUUGUGCUGGCUCUGCUCCUGAUUUGCAUCCUUGAUAGUCUCAGCCAGUCCUAUGGGAAAGCAUUGUGAUUGGAUCAGAGAAUCACUUCUGAUGAUGUCAGCCAAGCAGGCAGAUCAGGGACAGAGCCAGCAUCUGCAGACUUGAUUACAAGUAAGAUUUUACUAUAUUGAAGGGAGCCAGGGGGGCUAGUUAGUGGUUUUAACACUUUAGGGUCAGUGUAACAGUCACCUGUUAUGUUACAGUUUACCAGGAGUUGGAGCCCAGUUGCAGGAGAUGGCACAGGAAGGAGGCAAAAACCAGAAGCACAGUACAGAUUAAGGGGAAAUCCAAAGGCAGGGUCAGACGAGAAGCAGAUAUCAUGGCUGGCAGCGGAGUAACGAAGUUGGUAAAUCAGGCAGAGGUCAGAGUCCAGGAAAUCAGUCAGUAACGUAGCAAAGAUUCGACAGGAAACCCUAAACAGGCAAAAAAAAAAAAAAUGACCAGAUGCUAGGUUUCAGAAAGGGCUGGUUUUUACAGCCUGCUAAUUCGAUUCAGCUGACCCUAAGUGGAAAAGAGCUGCAGGUGGGUCAGCACUGCUUAAUCUAGGGAAGGGGUCAGCAAGCAGAAUAAUGCAGACAGAUACCGAAGCCCCCUGGUGGAUAUCACAGAAGAGAACCUGAGUGGGAUGUUGGAGCUGAGUUCAAACCCAGCCUUGCUGUCUGCAGGGUUCAGUCAGGAAUACAUGUUUGUGUUCCUGCCCCUAUAGUGUUCCUUUAAUCAUUGCUCUCUGCAGGCUCUGAGUGCAAAUUAUGUGCUUGCACUAUGCAUUUAGGGUACAGCAGGGAACAAAGGAUGGCGAUAUAGAACCUAAAAAUAAGGACUGUUCUACUGAAAUCAGGAUGGUUGAGAAGUAUGCUCUAUGCAGGGAAGUUAGACUGAAAUCAAGUGACAAUUAGUUUUUAAUUGGUUAGUGGUUAUGGUGUUUGCAGUGUUUCUUUAAUGCCCUGAGGAAAUUAUAUAGUUAGUGGAUGCCUUGAGGUGGAAAACAGUGGUUUCUAUGUUCCCUGGAGAUGACUAACAGAAGAUGUGAAAGUAUAAUGAUGUAAAACAAGGCAGAACCAGACAUAAAUGUCUAGGUCAAUCAAGGAACACAUUGUAUGCCAAUUGUACUGUGCUGCGGCCAAAUGUACAGCGCUGCGAUAUAUGUUGGCGCUUUAUAAAUACCAGUAAUAAAUAAAUAUGACAUGGUGUGUUCAGGAUGCAGGUUUAUACUGCAGAAAGCUGAUUGGUAUUAUUUUAAAUAAAGGAGAGGGCACUACAUUAUUGUAGAAAUGUUGCUGAAACCAGGAGGAUGUUCUUGAUUUAUCAAAUGUUAUACCAAUAAGCACUUGUACAGCAUUUUGUAUGUACCAAAAUAUUCCAAGAGUGAACACAUUUUGUUUUUGUAUUUACAGUUCUACGGUUGACUUAUAAAUCACAAGACGUUAUUCUUAGUACAUCAAAAACAGAACUGGACAUGUUUAAAGAUUCUUUACCAGCCAGUGUAAAAGGAAAUAGUCACAAGGGUGCUUCACAAGAACUUUAUAAAGGGAAACAACCAUCCAAGAACAGUGCAAAACAGCAGCAUCCUUCUGCAAAUUGUAAAACUGCACAAUCCAAAAAGGUGGACCAUAGUGUUGUGAUAAAGAAAAACACACCUGCUAAAAGUCAUGAUGAAAGUAACCCUAGUCAAUCCUCACCAGGAAGCCUGUUAAGAGCUUCUAUUACAGCUGGUGGAAUAAACUGUUCAAAUGAUGCGAACACAGUCCAACAAAAAUAUGAAAAAAGCAACUUGUUACCAAAUAUGGUAACUAAGUUACAAAGCAGUAAAACUGAACAGGUUGAAAAGGCCGAUCCGGAACUUUCGGUAAAACAAAAAACGUCUUCAAUCAAAGGCCAACAAAACACUGACAAAUGUGAUUUGUCUCAUAUGCCGAACAUUAUGAAAGCCAUUCAGAAGAUUCUUUAUGAGUACAUGUCAGGACUGAAGUUGACAACUCUUGAAAAACUCUUCAAGGAUAAAUACAAGAUGGAUUUAGAGGAAUGUAGCAAAGUUCUAGGUCAUAAAGAAAUACCUCAACUGUUACAGCAAAUACCAAGUAUCAAAGUUACUAGUGGUUCAAAUGGAAAUAUGAAAUGUAUUUUAAAAAAAUAUAUGAAUUACAAAACACAAAAUUCACAGGUGCAAAAUUUGAACAGUGCAAUUGAAACACGGAUUCCAAAAGAAAAUCCUAAUUCCGGUAUUCAGGUCAAAGACUUUCAGAACCCAGCAGUCAAUAGAUCUGUAGUAAGCAAUGCUCCAGCAAUAAUUAAAAAUGUGACAAGCGAUAAAGCUAUGAAUCAUCCUACACAACCCACCCUUAUGGGCAGUGCAAUAAAUGGAAAAAAACAAAAGACCCCAACAAAUAUAGCACACUCUAUUCCACGUCAACAAAAUGCACCAAAGAAGGACUUCCAACAAAUUGUAAAAAAGACACAAAAAGUGGCAAACGCUAAAACCAUCAAGCAACCUUUACUAUCCUUACCUGUUGACUGUAAAGUAAAUGGUGAAACACAAAGGACACAGAAAAGUAAAGGAAAUGAUUUUCCAAGUCUGCAAAAUUCACCAAAGAACAGUUCCCAACAGAUUAUAGAACCAGAAAGUCACAUUACAAAACACAAUAACCACUCUGGACUGAAACCACCCUUUACAUAUGCAGAGAUUUGUAGGGAAUCUACAAAAGCAAACUGUGUCCCUAUAUGCAUUACACAAAGUGAGAGUAAGCCAUGUGCACCCAAAAGGGAAGCUCUAGUUGAACUGACAAACACAAAAAUAAAAGAAAACAUAGCACAUGUUUUGAAAGACUAUGCAGAUGGAAUAUCCAUCUUUCAUUUUCAGAAAAAAUAUAUUUUUAAGUUUAAGCAACCUCUUUCUCUCAAUGGAUUUUCUUCAGCGAAACAGUUCUUAAUGGCGAUGAAGGAUGUCGUCUCAGUACAAGGUCUGGGAGUGCAGGCAUUACUGUUUCCAGUAAUUUCUGAUGCAAUGGCAUCCAAUGAAAUUAACAACAAGCAUGGUAUGUUUUUUAUGCAAUCUUUUCAAAAUGCAGUAGGUCAAAUGUGCACACUUUAAAUGAACAUUAUAGGCACCAGAACCACUACAGUUUAAUGUAGUUGUUCUGGAGCAUAUAUCCCGUUGCUGCAGCCUGGGUAGUUUAAAUGCUGCCUUUGCUAAAAAUGUCAGUGUUUACACUGCUGUCAAAAAGCACCACUAGUGUCUUUUACUUGGAUUGCCAUGAGUGGGACUUCCUGGGUUUGGUCCUGCAAACAUUGCAGGACCAACAUUUAGCAAAGCAUGGAGACAUUGAAUGCCCUCCAGAGAUUGAUUGACUCAAUGCAUAAGUCUCAUGCAUGUGGAACUGUUAAUUUGGACAGCGUGGCCAUUUACUGCAUCGGCUGAGGUCAUCAAAAUCGAUGAUCUCAGUCUGUGAAGAUGGGUCAGGCACAGCCCGGCAUGCUAAGGGAAUUACAGUGGUUAAAUCUCUCUCUUUUUUUUAUUGUUUCUUAAUUUCAUUUAGGGAUGGUCCAGGUAUUUAAAUAGUUACUAGAACACUACAGCAAUAGCUGUAGUGGUUAUUUUACGUACAUCUGUAGAAUACAGAUUUGUAUUCCUUACACUAUAGUAAACAUAGAAACAUAGAAUGUGACGGCAGAUAAGAACCAUUCGGCCCAUCUAGUCUGCCCAAUUUUCUAAAUACUUUCAUUAUUCCCUAGUCUUAUCUUAUAGUUAGGAUAGCCUUAUGCCUAUCCCACGCAUGCUUAAACUCCUUUACUGUGUUAACCUCUACCACUUCAGCUGGAAGGCUAUUCCAUGCAUCGUGCAUGCAUAGUAACCCUUUAACACAUAGCAAACAUUUUUAAAAGUCCUUUGUUACGAACGCACCGCAUCUCAAAAAAGCCCUUGUCUUUAAAAGGUUAAAAUGUAUGAUGUAUGUAUUUGAUGUAUGACUGUUUUUAAAAUUCUACAUAUUUAGCAGAAUUAUAAAAUGUGAACUAUUAUUUAAAUCAUUUAAAGAACUAUUAAAAUAAUACUUUUAUUUAACAGAUCUCCUACUUUAUGUUUUAGGUUCUACACAUUUGAUCCACAAGAGUAACCUUUUCACAUCAAAAGAAAAUGUUAUUUUUCAAAGUGCAAGUCCAUCAUUAAAUGCUUCAAAUACAAAGUCAAAAACAUUUAUGAACAGCAACAAAACCAUGAUUACAAACCAAAAUAUCACUGGAAUUGUCAACAAACCAGAUGAAACAGAAUGGCCUGCUCUAUCAUCUGGCCACCUUACUUUGAGACAUAUGACAUAUUGCAGUACACCUUAUCAAAACUCCGACAUGGGGUCCACACGGACAGAAUCUCCAUUAUUACCUUCUCUCCAAAAAGAAGGUGAUGCAUUAUUUAACAAGGAGGCAAAAGAUUCUCUUUCAAUAUCCCACCUGAAAACAUCUGAUUCACAUACAAAUGAGACAGAUUGGCCAACAUUGUCUGACUCUUUGAAAAAACUUAAGCAGCUACCUGCUUUACAAACUAUUAAGAUUUUCACAGAAACACCAUCAUCAUCUUCUUCACCACAAAAUAUACCAUGUAAUAAUGCUGCUGGUCAAAUGGUUCCUCAACAAACACAGCCACAACUGUUAUUUUUACACCAUAAAGAUGCUGAAAUUAUCCCUAAUGUAAUUUCAGGACAAGCUGAAGAUUUGUCAGAAAAGAAAAUGGAAAUUUUAAAUAGCAGACAAGAAAAUUAUGAUUCUAAACAUGUCCCAACAGAAACAAAACUAACAAAGCAGACAGAACCCAAAGAGAGUGAAUUCAAACUCCAAAAAGCUUCUGGACAAAGUGAAUAUGUAUCAUCACAACUUCAACAGGAAAUAUUCUGCUGCAUUCCACAAACACCUGUUAGUCAGAAUGAAGAAAGCUCCACCAUGUUACAAAAUAAUGCAUAUGAUUCAAUUCCUCAGAAUACACCUGGGCCAGAAGUAAGUCUGAAACUACAGCAACAUAAAGUUCAAGAUUCCAUGCUCAAAAAAACAUCUAACAUGCAAAAUAAUCUUUUAAAACCUCCAGUAAUUUCUGGGCAAACUGAGCACCAGCCAGUGCAGGCAAAACACGGUGAAGCACCACCAUCACACUCUCAAAAGAAAAUAAACAGAUCUUUUCCCCAAACAUCUCUUGCUCAGAAAGAGCAAAUCUCAUCACAUUUACAACAUGAGGAAACUAAUACCAAUCUUCUAAAUGCUCUUGGGCCUGUGGAAAGUAAAAAAUUAGAGUCACAAAAAACUGUUUAUGAUUGUUCCAUGCAGAUUUCAGGAUCAUCUGUUACUCUGACACCUGGAACAACAGAAAGCCUGAAUCUACAAGCACAGAUAAAUGUUCAUGAUUUGACAUUACAUUUAUCACAGAAAACACGUGAUUCCGUCCAUCAAGGAUGGAAUCAGGUUACAGAAUCAACAGAAAAAUUACAAAAUGUUCAUAAUUCCAAUGUAAAAAAUCCUUCUGGUAACGAGUAUCUCUUAUCACACUCACAACAUAAAACACCUGUAUUUAAUCACCAGAAAUAUUCUGGUCAAAAAGAACACCAAUCCGGAAACAAUGUACAUAAUUGUAAUCUCAGAUCCUCUGUACAAACAGAAUACCAAUCAUCUAUGGCAUAUCAGAAAAUGCCUGACAGGGUUACCCCAGUGACAGUAGAACAAGCAGAUCAACAGUCACAGAUUUUGCAACCAAAAGUUCAUGAGUCCAAUGACACAAGUGAACCAGAAAAUACAGAAACUUCACUCUCAUGUUUACACAAAAAAGUGCAUAAGUCACACACUUACAACAGUCUUGGGCAAACUGAGUUCUUGUCUUCAGAAUUAAUGAGGAAAGGAAAUGAACCAGGAUCCUCACAUUUGCAGCUAAAUCAGGAUAUGUUUCAUUCUCAUUCCCAUAGCCGUCAUGAGAAGAAUGGAUACCCCUUAAUACCACUGCAAAAGCCAUUGUUUGAUUCUAAUUCAGCAAGUAGCACUGUUGGAGAAAAACAACAAUCUUGGCAAACUGACAAAGACUCUUGUUGUAUUUUAUAAUUCUUUAGCCUUGUGCCCAUCCACUAUGCUAUUUUUCUAUUCUAUGUGCUUUCUCAUAACACAUAAAAUGUAUCCAUAUCUCCAGAGUUUUUGGUUUCUUUUUAUUGUUCUUAAAGGAGCGCUCCAAACAUGCUGUAGUAGUUAUGGUAAUAGGAGUGCCCUGGCAGACCACAGCUGAUUGCUCUUGAUCAAUGAGACAAGCCUUGAACCAUCAGUUCUCUGCUGGAUGUAGUAGAGGCGAUGCCCGCAGACUGUGGAUAAGAAAUUUUUCUAAUUUGGUUUGACUACUUACAAUGGGAUGUUCUAGGGCACUUCUAACACCAUAAUCAGCACAGCACUGUGUAGUGGUUAUUUUGCUUAAAAUGUACCUUUAAUUCCAUAAAGCAUGUUCAAUAGAAACCAC